ACAGCAGGGUCUCUGUUUCUGCUUCACCUGCAGAAUCAGUACAGAUACCGUCCACCUUUACAGUCUCACGGAGCUUCACGAUGGACCUUUAGACAGACUGCAUUCGGCUGGCGGUGAGGUGCGUGGUUAAACGAGCUCUGGUGCGCCCGCGCAGCACUCACUGCUGAGACGAUGAGGGGAAGGCACGAGAGGUUACGAGGAGAAAGGGUCAAUGGUAACCUCCAAAUCGAAGAGCACACUCAACCCCGAGAGCAGCCGGACGGAUACUGUUGGAAAACGACCGCUUUGCAGCCCCAGAGCUUUGCGUAGGAUCACCGUGGAGCGGUGAAGGUUUCCCCAAUGGAAUGCAGAAAAGACAGCGCAACUGCCGCAGUGAAUGAAGUUGGUUUGUUGAUCCGUUCGGAUGCUACUGACUGUGUGUUUCACCAAAAAAGAUAACGAAAUGUACCAGAAGACAACACGUCUGUGAGCAAACUCUUGUUUUUAAGUGUGUUGUAAUCGAAGGAGGCGGGAUAAUUUAACCACAAAAAAGGCUCAGGUUUACAAUUGCCAUUGUUUUGGUUUGUUGAAGAGGUUUCCACGUUUGUCGAUCGGCAGUCGCUGGCUUUGGUCCUGAUCGGCGCGGGAUGGUGGAGACGCUGAGCAUCGCCGUCAUCGGAGCGCCUGGAGUCGGGAAAACUUCUAUCAUCCGUCAGUUUAUUUACAAUGACUUCUCUGAGACUUACACUCCCACCCAAACGCGAUACGUCUACAGACCCUCCGUCAUUCUUAACGGUGUGAUGUACGACCUGAAGAUUUUGGAUGUCCCGCCAAUAUCCUCCUUUCCUUCAAGCCCGAGUCAGGAGUGGCUGGACUCGCGGUGUAGAGGAGUCCGCAGCGCAAAUGCAUACAUUCUGGUCUAUGACAUCUGCUGUGUGGAGAGCUUCGAGUAUGUCAAGAUGAUCCGGCAGCAAAUUGUGGAUAACAGAGUGGGCAGCAGCAGUGAAGUGCCCAUCUUGGUGGUAGGCAGUAAGCGGGACCUCCAGCGGCAGCGGUUCACCCAGCGCAGGGCCGUGUCUGUACUGGUAAAGAAGACCUGGAAGUGUGGUUAUGUCGAGUGCUCCGCCAAAUACAACUGGCAUGUGCUCCUGCUCUUCAAAGAGCUCCUGGGAAUAGCCGUAUCCCGAGGACUGCGCCCAAACCACACCUCCAUCCGCCUCCAGGGGGCACUGCAGAGGAAUCGCUGUACUGUCAUGUGACGGAUAUGUAGCCUUUUAUCAAAGAAUUCUUAUUUAGGACCAGUUUGUGUUCUCAGAUUUAACUGUUUGAAACAAAACUGGCUCUGAAAAGUUAACUUUGCUGUACCACAAGGAUGAAGCUUUGAGGACAAGCUGUCAAUCAAAAUGGCUGGAAAACUACCACCUCGGGGCCUCUGUAACUGAUGCAUUCAUCUGAGGGAUUACCUUAGGUACUACUAAUUUUACUUUUCUCUCUGUUCUUUAAAACACAACAGUGGAAGCAGAUAAGGAUUUUUUUCAUCUUGCCAAGUCUUUCAUGGUUAGAGUUAGAUUGGAUUGUGUUUCCUUUUUGCUUUAUUUAAAUUCAGAUGCUGUGGGUGCAUUCCAGUUUUUAAGGAUUGCUUUGGAACAGCUUUUAUAAACUUCUUUUAAUGAACACAUCUACUGCAUUUUAAACUGUGGGUGGAACUUCCGGUUUAGAGAACUUUAGAUCAAAACAAAUUAUGGUCCCACUUUACAAUAAGGUUUGAUUAGUUGAUGUAUUUACUAACAUGAACUAAUUAUGAACAAUACUUGUACAGCAUUUAUUAAUUAUCAUAGUUCAACAUUUACUAAUGAUUUAUUAACAUCAGGCCCGUAGUCACCCUGGUGAAA